AUGGACCAACAAGUCUCGCCAGCCAAACGCAAGCCCAGUCCGUCACCAAAACAGAACAAAAAAGCCAUUGAUCUCCUCAUCCGGUCCUUCACGACCUUUUACCAGCACCAAAAAUCAUUCUUUAAAUCAACACAAGCUGCAACCAUGUCCUCAUCGUCACUCCAGGACAAUUCGCCUUCGCCUCCCCCUGCGUCUUCCUCGUCCACGACACUCGUUGUCCCAGCUAUCCAGUUGCAACCGAACCCUUCUGCGAAUGGAACCCUCCGCAUGGACAUUUUCCCCGAAAACGUUAUCAGACCUAUCUACAAGAUCGACUUGCCCAAGCCGCAUGCUCGUGUUGACAAGACCCCGCAGCUUGUCUACUGCUGUAGUCUCCUCUUCAAGGCUCCUGGACCAUUGCAGUCAACCUCGGACAGCAAUGUUUCCCAGAAUUCUCCCAUCGACGGCAAGGAGAAGGAAUGGGUUCAACUCAUUGAUCCCGUCUUGCAGGACCGAUAUCGAUGGCUUGUCGAGCAGUUGGUCAGAGCGUUCGCUGACAACCCCCUCAAGGCAUCUGAUGUGGUCUCCGAGAUCGUUCUUGUUGGUCCCGUUCUUGACCGCGACACCUACCGCAGCCUGCUCUCUUGCUUCAUCUCCAAGUUUGAACAGACAACAGCGCUGGAUGUCACUAUUCUCCAAGGUCUUGUGCAGCUGGUUGAAUGCGCCUCUGAUGAAUACCUUGUUGACGAUGAUUUGGUCAGGAUCGCCGCCGUUCUCUCCAAGGAGCUGUCGAUUACCCACAUUGGCACGAGUGACCACCCCUUGCACCUGACAUUGUCGCUCGCUCGAGUUCUUGAUGUGAUGGUGACUGGCAAGGUUAAGGACCUGAACCGCGAACGAGACCACCAGCCGAUGCUGCAACUCCUGGACGGCCUGAAGGAUAGCGACAAUGUCGUCCAGAGGUACGAUGCAACUUAUGCCUACCAGGCCCUCCAGUAUGCGCCCGAUGACGAGACUCCGCUCCAGGUGUUGUGGAGAUAUGCCAAGGUAGCAGCGACAGGCGCAGGCGCAGUGUCGAGUGUUUUCAAGUUGGAUCCAGAGGGAUUCCUCAAAGGCAUCGAGAGUCUUCAAGAGAUCGGUGCAGGGGUUGUAGGAGCUGUCAGCACUGGAAUUGAGGUCGUCGAGACACUUCGUAUUGGUGCUGGUGAGGCCAUGCGGGCGUCGGAGAACAAGUUCGACUUUAUGAAGAAGCGCUCGUGGUACCUUGCCCUUCAAGGAACGGCUCUCUUUAUUCGACAGGGACGGCUUUCGGACUUUAACCUGGUCGUCAGCCAAGCGCCUUGCCGCAACAACCCCAACUUUCAGUGGGGAAUCUGUCGCCAGGUCGGAGAGAUUGCGGUCGACCCGCUCUGGGAUGUUCUUGUCCGCCAGCAGGCCGUUGACUUUCUGGGUGAACUGUACAAAGGUGGUUCUGAAUGGAAACCGCAUGUCGAUGUCAAGCGCUGGAUCCUGACCGUUCUCAUCCAGAUCUUGGAGCUGUCAGAUGUCUCUGUCAAGAAUCGCGCUGUUGCUUUACUACUAGGCUUAAAAAAUGGCGGCAUCGACGAGUGGCCUGGCUCUUUUUCGCUGAGCAGACGCCUCCCUCUGCCGUCAACCUCCCCGCUUCUUGCUAAGGUCCAAGAGAUCCCAAAACUCGAGUACGACCUGCACGUCUUGAAGUUGAUGAGGAUUGCCGACUACAAACAGGCGGUCUACAUCAACCCCAUGGCCAAACUCAAUCUUCAAGACACAGACGACAAUCUCUUCCCUCUCAUGGACAAGGUCAGGGACUUUCUUGCCAGCAACACCCAGGUCAUGCUUGUUCUUGGCGACUCGGGAGCUGGUAAAUCAACAUUCAAUCGACACCUGGAACACGAGCUCUGGCAAGAGUACAAGGCAGGAGGCCGCAUCCCGCUUUUCGUCAACUUGCCAUCCCUCGAGCGACCAGAGAAGGAUUUGGUUGCGGAGCAAUUGAGGACCCACAACUUUUUGGAGGACCAGAUCCGUGAGCUGAAGCUGCACCGCCAGUUCACAUUGAUCUGUGAUGGAUACGAUGAGAGCCAGCUUACAUCCAAUCUGCAUACCACCAACCUCUUCAACCAAUCUGGGCAGUGGGACGUCAAGUUACUCAUUACCUGUCGCACACAGUAUCUCGGACCGGACUAUCGGAGUCGCUUUGAGCCCAAGGCGGUUGACCAGUAUGCUCGUGUCGCCAAUGACCUUUUCCAGCAAGCCGUCAUCACACCAUUCAGCAGGGAGCAGAUCGAGGACUAUGUAGAGCAUUAUGUUCCUCUCGAGCCGCGCACCUGGGUCAAGAAAGACUACAUGGACAAGCUAGAGGCUAUCCCCAAUCUGAUGGAUUUGGUCAGGAACCCAUUCAUCCUUACCCUGUCACUGGAGGCUCUUCCUACGGUCGUGCGAAGGAAAACCGACCUCUCCAGACUUCGGGUAACUCGUGCGGAACUGUACGACACUUUUGUGAGGCACUGGAUGGGUGUCAACAAGCGUCGACUGCAGGAUCAAAAGUUGAGCGAGAGCAGCCAGAUCGCGCUUGACGUCCUCUGUGCCGACGGGUUCGAGCACAACGGUAUUCUGUACCAGAUGGAUCUGGCGGCGUCAAUCUUUCAGAAGCAGGAGGGCAGACCAGUCGUUAACUACUCUCAUAUGCGAGACAGGAAGACAUGGAAGGCUCAGUUCUUUGGUCUUGAUCCUGAGAGGGCGCUCCUUCGAGAUUCCAGUCUGCUAAGUCGUGCCGGCAACCAAUACCGCUUUGUCCACCGGUCCGUCUUGGAAUAUUUUUUCUCUUGCACAAUCUCUGGGCCUACCAAGGAACAUGGCGAUUUUGAUCCGCCUGUCCAUUCCGAACCCCCCGCCACCUCAUCCGCCAUUAGCACACAUCCAUUGUCCCAGAAGGACCUUGUCGUAGAGUCAUCUAUCGUCCAGUUUCUGGCGGAGCGCGUGCAGCUGAACUCUGGAUUCAAGGACGAGCUCUUCGCCAUCAUUGAGCAGUCCAAGACCGACGACCAAGCAGCUCGAGCCGCUGCGAACGCCAUCACGAUCUUGGUCAAGGCAGGAGUGCGAUUCAAUGGAGCCGAUCUUCGGGGUAUUCGAGUUCCUGGAGCGGACAUAUCUGGAGGCCAGUUCGACUCGGCACAACUGCAGGAGACUGAUUUGACAGGUGUCAACCUCACCAAGAGCUGGAUUCGUCAGGCUGACUUCACCAAGGCGCAGAUGGAGAGAGUUCAGUUCGGGGAGAUGCCGUACCUGAAGGAGAGUGAUGGAGUAUGGUCGUGCACCUAUUCGCCUGACGGAACAUCGCUCGCUGCGGGUCUUCUCAAAGGACGCAUCAACAUUUACGACACCUCGAUGUGGACAAUGACCCGCACGUUUGAAGGGCAUCAAGAGUGUGUAAACAGCCUAGCCUAUUCGCCAACCGGCCUUCAACUUCUUUCAGGCAGUGACGACAAGACAGUACGAUUGUGGGACUGUGAGAGUGGCUCGUGCGUUUGUGUUCUAGAGGGACAUACCGAAAAUGUGUUGACUGUGGCGUUUUCACCCUCUGGCAAGCAGGUCGCGUCGGCUGGGGAGGACGAGACUGUGAGGCUAUGGGAUGUUCAGACAGGCACCAAUCUAUUCAUCUUGACCGGUCAUACUAGGUGGGUUCGUAGCAUUUCCUACUCGCCUGAUGGACAUGCGGUUGUGUCUGUUGGCUACGAUAAGAUGAUCCGGUUCUUUGACACACAGACCGGACAGCCAGGGGAAGUCUGGGAGUGUCAAAGUGGAGAGAUGAAAAGCAUCGCAUUCUCUCCCGAAGGCUUAGAGAUUGCCGUAGGACAUGGCAAUGGCGAGUUGCUGUUCUACAAUACUACUACCGGCAAGCCAACGAGGAAUUGGAAGGCUCAUCGCUGGAGAGUCGCGGGUGUGAGCUUUUCACCGAACGGCCAGUGGAUCGCCACAUGCAGUUGGGACUACACGGUGAAGGUCUGGCGUGCAGCAACAGGAUCGGUCCUUUCUGUCUUUACCGGUCAUGGUGCUGCUGUCUGUCAAGUAGCCUUUUCGCCAAACGGACUCCAGCUUGCCUCGUGUAGUGAUGACAGGACCAUCCGACUUUGGGACGUGAGGUCGUUGGGUACAGGCAUGGACGUGGAGGGCGGAUCGGACACGUUGACGAGCGUACUUUUUUCUCCAGACGGUCGAGUUCUCUUUUGUGGUAGUGAGUCGGGAGCUGUGCGUCAGUAUGAUGCAGUCACUGGAAAGUUUGGUCCUUUCGUUGUUUACGGAGACAAACCUGUCGACUGCCUAGCGGUCUCCCCGGAUGGUCUUCGAAUCGCGUCAGUUGGAAGGUACGACAGAGUCGUCACUGUGUGGGACAUCGGAACAGGUCAAGCCGACGUUGUUUUGCGCGGUCACACAAGAGCGGUGACCGCCAUGGCCUUUUCAGCCGACAGCCGCUGGAUUGCCACCGGCAGCGGCAUCGGCGACAUGACAGUGCGGCUUUGGGACGCUCGCUCAGGGUUACUCGACCGCGUGCUUGAAGGCCAUACUUGGAUAGUUGUUUGUUUGGUAUUCUUGCCGAACAGCCUUCUGGUUUUGUCGGGAAGUCGGGAUGGGACUAUUCGAGCCUGGGAUUUGGACAAUGGUGAGUGUAGAGUCGUUGUGGUUGGUAGCGGGCGUAUAUAUGAUAUAUAUGAUUGGGCUUUAUCGACUUCACCCAAUGGCUUGAGGGUUGCUUCUAGAUCAACUAUAGGCCAGGAGGCGAAGAUUUGGGACGUGGAGAGCGGGCAACUUCAACAAAGUCUAGAGCACGGCGACUAUGUACAAUGCUUUGCGUUUUCGUCCUGUGGGCAAUGGAUGGGUGUAGGCUUGCCGGGCUCGUUUUGGCUCUGGAAUUUUGCAUCUUACAACACAGCAGAGGGAGGGGAAGGCCGAGGAGAGUGGAAGUGUUUGGUGCGUAUCAGAGAUAUCUUUGGAGAAGUCAGCAGCAUUGCAUGGAAACCUGCCACUUUGGAGUUUAGCAUCGGAUGGCGGAAUGGGACCCUUCAAGUGUGGAAACUGGUGGAGACGUCGUCGUCGUCGGAUGCAUGGUCGGCCCAGUUGGUUUGGAGCGCUGGAAAUCCUGUUCUAGCCGCCUCAGAUGCCGUUUUUGACGAUGCUGUUGGUCUCUCCUCAGCCAAUCAGCAAUUGCUCACUCAGCGUGGCUAG